GCGCGAUACUGACUACUUUUUAAAGGUGGGAGUUACCCAUUUGAAAGAAUAUAUUGUAUUUGAUUGGUGAAUGAUAAGCGAAAAGAGAAAAGAACUACACAACAAAUUGUGACUUUCCAUGAUUCAUCGUAUUCAUAAGUUUGCACAAUCAGAAUGUAAUCCGUUUACAAUAAUUUCUGUGACAAUUAAAUAUAAGAGCAAUGAGUGAAAGAUAAAUUUAACCUAUUAAUCGACGAAAACGGUGUAACACCUUGUAAGGUCAUUGUUAGUUAAUUAUGGGGGUUGCUUAAGGGAUUAACAAAGUACUUAAGAAUAGUGAUCACAAUGAUAAAUUUGUUUGUAAUAAUGCGCGAUAAGUAUUAUUUUAUGGGAUGAAUUCUUCUCCUAUUUUGGUAUCUCUCUGCGUUAUUCGCGUCGAGAUUAUUGACGAGGAUUCUGAAGAAUCGAAUGUGGAUUUCGUAAUCCAGGCGCAAUGGCUACUAAGAUGAGGGGUCGCAGAGAACCAUCCAAAAUAAACAUGGAAAAUUGUACAAAUCUUACAGAGAAUCAAGACUCUGCACUUCCUUCUCAAGGAACUAGUAAAUCUAGCUCUACCUCUAGAGCUAAUUCAGAGGAAAAUACAUAUGGUGAUUCAGAGAUAGCUGGUGCAAGUGCCUGUGCCUGUGAUCAAAUCAAUUUUAUCUCUGGGAACCCAUUUGUCGAAGUAACCAAAGGAAUUAUACACUUGUAUAAGGAAAACAAAUUAACGGAUAUACACCAUGCAGCAGAACGUACCCAAACUAUCUGCAUUCUCUCAGUUCCAGCUACAAUGACCUGUCAUGAUCUUCUAAGGUUUACAGCACCUUGCCAUCAAGAUGUUCGGCAUUUUAGGAUACUUAGAGAUGGUAGUCCCAAUCAAUAUAUGGCAUUGAUUACCUUCAAAUCUGCUAAUGCAGCAACAGAAUUUUAUGGUUCCUUUAAUGGCACUCCAUAUAAUUCUUUUGAACCAGAUGUUAUUUGUCACAUGGUAUUUGUGUACAGUGUAGAAGUGACAUAUAACGCUAUGCCUUUAUCUGGACACACAGAAUUACCACUUUGUCCAGUUUGUUUAGAGAGAAUGGACGAAAGUGUUGACGGGAUUUUAACAAUAUUAUGCAACCAUACAUUUCAUGCAAGUUGUUUAGCUAAAUGGGGAGAUACCUCCUGUCCAGUUUGUAGAUACGCUCAAACACCAGAAUCAUUUGCAGACAGUUACUGCAUGGAAUGUAAUACUGGAGAAAGCAAUGAUGCUUUAUGGAUUUGUCUAAUAUGUGGACAUAUAGGAUGUUCGCGAUAUCACCAGGGACAUGCUUUUCAGCACUAUCGUGAGACACAUCACUGUUAUGCUAUGCAAUUAGGAAAUAACAGAGUCUGGGAUUAUGUCGGAGAUAACUUUGUUCAUCGAUUACUGCAAAAUAAAGAUGGAAAAAUGGUUGAAGGUGGACCUACAGCAACUAAAGCUGAAGGAGCAGCAAUGGAAGAAAAAGUAGAUUCCGUACAGUUAGAAUUCACGUAUCUUUUAACAUCGCAGUUGGAAACUCAACGACAGUAUUUCGAGGAUAGGUUAGCACGAUUAGAACAGCAUUCUGUAUUACAAACUACAGAACUUAGAGAAAAAGUGGGUCAAGUAUCAGAAGAAAAUGCCAAAACUAAGGAACAAUUAGCAACAUUGACUCGGGAGAAGCAAAAUGUGGAUAAACGACUACAGCAAGUUAGUAAUAAAUUGGUACAAGUACAAGCAGAAUUAACUGAAGAAAAGGAACUAAGGAAAGCAUUGGAAUUAAAUCAAGCUUCUUGGCAAGAUAAAUAUAAAAUGCUGCAAAAUGAAAUGACCGAGUAUCAAAAGACAAAGCAGACGGAAAUAACGAAUUUAAAAGAGCAAGUACAGGAUUUAAUGUUUUAUCUUGACGCCCAAAACAAAGUCGAAAAUUCAGAAUUACGAGAAGAAAUAGCAUCAGGUCGUAUAGUAAUUCCAGAAACCUCUAAUUCUGCUAAGAAGAACAUUCGACCUUCUAAAUCUCGUAAAAAACGUUGAUGUUAUUCGCUGAUAUUUUCUGUAAAAAGAUUGAGUUUCAAAUUAGAUUUAAAAAUUAAAAUCUGAUUUCAUACCUUUUUAUGUCAAAAUAAACAACUGAAUUUUUUUACUGAUUUUAAGCAACAGCAACCUGGAAGUAUAGUAAUAUAAAAAUUAUGAUCAAUGCUAUAAACUACUGAUGUUUGCAAUUUCUGAAUGCAUUUUAAUAUUUAAUUCUUCCGAAUUAAAAUUAAUAUAUAAAAUUUUUAAUAUAAAUUGAUGCUAUAUAUGUAUAAACGAAAUCUGUUUUAUGGAGUCUCAAAUGUAAUCUAUCCCAAAAAUAAAAGAUGUUUCAUAUUUAUUUUUGCCAACAUAAUGUUUGAUAUUAAGUAUAGAACUAUUUGCUUUAAUUUGCUAAUUUGUAAUUAUACUUGUACUAAUAUUCAAUAGACUAUAGUAUUUUAAGUAAAAGUAGCAAAUAUUUUAAUUCUUCUAAAAUUUCUUAUUUUCUC